AAAGAAGUUGUGAAUCCCCCCUUUCCUUCCAGCAACCAAAUGCACCCUAUAAGCUGAGAAGAGUUAAUUUCCUAAAUUGCCCUUGAAAUUUUAUAUAACCGCCUCUGUCAGACUACAUUUGUUGCGCAGGCGGGAAUCUUGAAAACAGACCCCCUUUCACUCUCCAUCUCUCUUCUCUCACGCAAAUACUCAGACAACGCACUGAAAAUGGCGGAGGUAGAGAAGAAAGAGGAGGAGGCCAAGAAAGUGAUAGCGCAAAUUGGGACACAACUCGCCGCCUCUAAAAUUUGCCCAAACAAAAGCACUCUCGUCAAGUUACUCAAGCAAGCCGCCAGUGCUUUCGAAGAGUUAAAACAGUCUGAAUCACUAAAAUCAUCAGUCAAGCCGCUGCGUGAUUCUCUCAUCAAGCAUGGCUUACUUGACCAUAAAGAUAAAGACAUUAGGCUCCUGGUUGGCGUCUGCCUUUGUGAGGUUAUAAGGGUCCUGGCACCAAAUCCUGAUUUUAGCCACACAGUUUCCAGGGACAUCUUUAGAUUUCUUGUAAGUAUUUUUGUGGAGCUUGAUGACACUGCUAGCCCUUAUUUCUCGAGGAGGGCCAAAUUAUUGGAGACAGUUGCUAAACUGCAGUUUUGUUUGGUAAUGCUAGACACUGGAUGUGAUGAUUUGAUUCUCAAAAUGUUCAAAACAUUCUUUAGUGUUGCGAGGGAAGAUCAUCCUCGAAGUUUGAUUAAUUCAAUGUCGUCAAUAAUAACAAGCGUUUUAGAGGCUGCAGAUCUUGAUUCUUCUGAAAAGAGUACAUCUCAAUCACUUAUAGAUGUGAUUUUGCAGAAUAUCAUCAAAGAGAGGAAGGGUUUAGCGUCUGCUUCUCUCCGACUUGCUGCUACUGUCAUACAGAAUUGUGGUGAAAAGCUGGAGCGCUUUAUAUGCCAGUUCCUGACAUCAUGUAUAUUGAAUAGAGAUGCUGUUGGGAGUGUGAUUAAAGAAUCUUACCAUGAACUUAUACUUGAGAUAUUCCAAAUUGCUCCUCAAAUGCUUCUCUCCGUCAUACCUUGUUUGACCCAUGAAUUACUGACUGAUCAGGUUGAUGUCCGAAUUAAAGCUCUUAAUUUAAUUAGAAAGCUCCUACUGCACGACCAACAUUUUGCACUGGAAUAUCCCCACGUCUUCAUAGAGUUGCUGAAUAGAUUCUCUGACAAGUCUGCAGAAGUGAGAGUAACGGCUCUUUCAUGUGCUAAAGCUCUCUAUAUGAUGAAUCCAUCAGGGAGAGUAUCACUGGAAACCCUCUCUGCCAUCCAGGGUCGACUAUUCGAUCAUGAUGAUAAAGUGAGAACUGAAGCAGUGAAUGUGGUGUGCGAACUAGCUAAGUCUAACUUGAACUUCAUAUCCUCAGACUUAAUAACUCAAGCAGCCGAAAGACUUCGUGAUAAGAAGGUCUCAGUCAGACGUGAAGCCUUGAAAAAGUUGGUGGAACUAUACCAGGAAUAUUGCAUGAGGUGUGCAGCAGGCAUCACUUUGCUCAAUGAACACAUUGAAGAGAUUCCAUGCAAAAUUUUGAUGCUUUGUUAUGAGAAGAACUGUCCAGAGUUUAGGCCUCAAAGCAUGGAGCUUGUGCUAGCUGAUCUGUUCCCUUCUUCUCUUUCAAUAGAGGAAAGGACACAGCACUGGAUAUUUAUGUUUUCCCUUUUCAAGCCAUCUCAUCUUAAGGCACUGAAAACUAUUCUAUCUCAGAAACGAAGGCUACGGGAUGGGCUUAUAAUUUACUUGGAUAUCUGGAAUAGAGCAGAGGAGAAUGGUUAUAGAGAAGCAGAAAGGAAAAUAGAUACAUUGGUUUUGAAAAUGUCUUCAUGCUUUCCUGAUCCUGCUAAAGCAAAAGAUUGCUUUCAGAAACUUAGAGAACACAAAGACAACAAUACAUUUAAUAUGUUGCAGCAGCUUUUAAGAGGAGGGACAUCACUUGAUUUUGAGACCUCAAAGGAUGUAUAUUUGAGAGAACUUGGUGACCGAAAAGCACUUUCUGAAUUCAUUCAUCUACUUUGGACAAAGUGCUCUUUUAAUAUAUUUGGCUCUGAGCAUAUUCAGUAUAUUUUACAUUGUCUUUGUGGUGAUGAACCUGAGAAAAAGCACUUGAAGGAUUAUCAGGUGCAACUUCUUUUGACUAUUAUUGGUGCCUUCCCUUCACUCCUUAAAGGUUCAGAGAAGCAGUUCCAGCUUUUGUUACUUGAGAGGGAAAUUCCUUUUAAUGAACAGCUCAUUGAGAUUUUAGCUAGAGAGGGAUAUCGUAUGUCUAUUAAACUCAGUGAUAUAUACUCUGCCUUGGAGAAAGUAUGUCUAGAAGGAACUCGUGUGCAGUCAAAACUUGCUGUUUCUGCAAUUGCUGCAUUAGCUGAUACAUCUGAGCAGUUCAUUUUCUCAGGACUUUGCGAGACUCUGCUGGAUUCUCUACGGAAUGGAGAGAAUACUCCUACUGUUUUGCAGUCCCUAGGUUGUAUGGCACAAUAUUCCAUCUCAACAUAUGAAGCCCAAGAAAAAGAGAUUGCACAUUACAUUGUUGAGGAAAUAUUUCAUCAGAAUGAUGCUCUUGCUUCAAAGGAUGUUGAUUUUUCUCAUGAGACUUCAAGCUGUUGCAAUUCUUGUAAAUUAAAGGUUUUUGGGCUUAAAGCACUUGUGAGGAGCUUUUUACCACACAAACACACAUCUCUUACUCGUCCAAUAAAUUUUCUACUGGACAUUAUCCACCAAAUGCUACAGAGGAGUGAAUCUUCUCCAGAUAGCAACCCAUGUGAACAUGAUGAGGCGUUCAUACGAUUAGCUGCAGCUAAUUCCGUCCUUCGGCUAUCAAGAAAAUGGGAUUUACAUAUUUCUUCGGAGAUAUUCCGCUCAACGAUAUUAAUGGCCAAGGAUCAUUCUCCUGUGGUACGUAGAUCAUUUGCCAGCAAAAUGCACAAAUUGUUGAGUAAUCACGCCUUGCCAAGUAGAUAUGCGUGUGCAUUUUCAUUUGUUGUUGUAGAUGCUCUGGAAGAUUUACGCUGUGAUGCAUUGACAUACUUGGAGAAAUUCAUUUGGGAAUAUGGUAAAGGAGCUCAAAUACAUGAAACAAAGACCACGCAAGGAGCAACUAAUCACCCUGUAUAUAUAGUUGUGUUUUUGAUCCACGUUCUUGCACAUGCCACUGAUUUCCCUUCUCCUGACUGUCAAGAUGAAAAAAUAUAUGCACGGUUUCUGAGUCCACUCUUCGUCACUGUCCAGGCAUUAGUAAAUGAAAAAUUAUUUUACGGCAACUUGCAUCUUGUAUCCAAUGCUGCAUCAUUCUUGCGAAGUAUUUUUAAUGCAAUCAAGAAGGCAGAGGAUGCUGUUGAUGCUAGGAUGACUCCAAAGCUCCAUCUUUUGGCAGAAGUGGGCAUUUCUAUUUUAGAUUCGCUGAAUACCAAUAACACACAUGCCCAACAAACUCCUAAAUUAGUUCUGCUUCCGGCAUCACUCUAUAGAAGUGGUCCUUCCGAGAUGAGAGAGGUCAAUGCUUACGCUUUCAUUGGUUCUAAAGCUGAUGGAAGCUUUACCAAAAAAUUGGUAUCUUGCCUCAAAAUAGAGGUUUUUGGGAUCAGUAGCAUGGGCACUAAGAAUAGCCGGCAUGAGACUUCUUCACGACUAAGUGGCACCAGACACAACAAAUCAAAUUCUAGGUAUGGGUAUACAGAUAAUUUAUUAAUGAAUGAAACUAAAGAGCAGGUUGCUGAGCUGCAUACGGGACAAAAUGAGCCGUGUGGUACUUCUAGUUGCGAGAUUGACACUAGAGGAAGGCAAACCCAGGCCAUGUCGGUGCAACUUGGAUCAGUUGAACUGCACAAUGAAUUUUCUGCUGGAAAUAAACACGAAAGAGAUGCUAACAGAAACAUGGGAGCCAAAUCCUCACUGCCUUGUGAUUCUGCAACAACAAAGCCGUCGUUGGCUCAAAAAGAAGUCACUGUUAGUUGUUUAAGAGAAGAAGACGCAGUUACUAAAUUAUGGUCAAGAGUCGGCGACCAAAUGAGUUAUUCUACCUCCAAGGUUACCUAUGAGACUGGGGAAGUUAACACCUUAAGCAUGGAUAGUGAGAAGUGGGAAACUGAUUUGGAUGAUCUCCAAGUGCAAUAUUGCAGUCAGAGCCACGAUUCUUCUGCUAAUGAUCAAACAAAAGCUGUUGAUGCACAUAGAUAUGAUUCCAAACAAGAGAACCUGCCAAAGAAUGGAGACAUCCGUGGCAGAAAGGUUUCCCAGGCUGUGAAAAGAACAAAGAGAUGUAAAGAUGCUAGUGGCAAGUCAACAUCUGAAGUCAUUGAUACAAGCAUCAACGAUGAUCUUCAGAUGCCGAGGACUCGGAGACAGAAAGUUUGAAGUGUGUAGCAUUCCUUACUUUCUGAAACAGGAGGAAAAGCUACCUUUCUCCACACUAAGGACAACUGACCUUGCACAGAUAAAUCUAUGUAGUGGAAGUGAAUUAUGAAUAGAUGUUAUGUUUAUGUUACUAUCUAUAUACGCCUGAUCUAAUCCUCCUCUUGGGUUGUACAUGAGGGUUGGAUGGAGGUGGUAAACUCAGAGAGUGUUUAUUUCUUCUACUUUGCUGAUUCCUAUCUAUAAAAUUGUAAAAUAGCCUAGUGAUGGUAGUUGUAAUGUCAACAUUCUUGUCUAGGCAGGCACACUCCAUCCAGUCACUUUCAUUCGUAUAUUGGAAAAUGGUGGAAUUAAUUGGACCCAUAGUUAAAAAAAAUAAA